AUGGGUGAGAGGAUUGGAUUCCUACCAGACAAUCAGAAAGCCAUUUUGUACUCUCUGUUGUGUUAUGACGACAACAAAAUCAGCUGGAGGGACAGUGACCAAUGGUUGUCAACACUUAACGAUAUCCGGGAAAAACUCUUUGAUGCCGAAAAUGUGUCUGUAACGGAUACAAAACACGAUAUCGACAAAUUAAAGAGUAUUAAGUUAAUACAAAAUAACGACCAACAUCUAAAUAUUACCUCUAAAGAGUACGCUGAGGAUGUCAUGGACCAGCUCAGGAAGAGCACAAACUCAAAGUUCUCUAACUGCAGUUACAUGUUGACUUUGUUGAGUAUGACCAUAGUGAGGGACUACUGCAGUGUCUGGUACGUGUAUAGAGGUUUAAAACAUGUUUUUUGUGAAGAAAGUCUCUAUCCCUCCCUGGUGUACCGGUUACAGAUGGACAUCCUCAUCCACAAAACAAUAACGGACCGGGGCGUACAGAGAGCAGCGUCCUGGAUAUUAAACAUACCAACCGACAAACUCCAAUCAGAGGAAGCAAGAGAACGUCGUGACAUAGAUAAAGGAGAUAUAAAGAAACUUGGAGUAGUGAGUUGGACCAGGAUGACCAGAAAGGAGGAGGGUAUGUACGGGCCCGAGACUGUGUACGAGCUGAGACCUCAGUGUGCCAGGUCCACCAUUGGACAACACGACCACAACGACAUCUUUAUAAUGGAAGGAGAAAUGUUUGCUGUGAAAGGAUAUUUGCCUAUUUUUAAAGGGAAUUUUGAGGAUCUAUUCGUUGUUCUCCUAUCCGACAGAUUCAGGGUUUCCUUUGAUGAACGGUACAUUUUUGACGGUAUAACUGAGAAAUCAGGGGAUGUAAUCCGCUUUGUCUCCGUCGAGAUUAGACAACAAGGAAUGUACUCCUAUGUAGUUAGGAAACUGUUGACUGAUGAUGACAUGAAGAACUUUAUCAACGUCGCUUCAGUAGACUGUCUGAUGGAGUACGGACGUCCUUGGCGUUAUACGAAGGAGGAAACAGAGCCAUGUUUGUUCAUUCCUGAGGACAUGGAGAAUCUCUACUUUGGGAAACUUGGAUAUGUUGCAAUGAAGCAUGUGCUGUUUAAUGACGGAGACCUAAAUAAUACAACAUGGAAGAAAAUAUCAACAAUGAAUGAUGUUCCGUUUGACUUGUGUAUACAGUCUCAGGACGUCCGUGAAGAUUUCGUGGCAUAUGUGGAGAAAUCAAAGAAAGCAGGGAAUGAAUUGCCUCCCUUGAAAUAUCUGUAUUCCGCUUUUCUUUUCUACCGCAAAGGAUGUACACUAGACGAUGUUUGUUUGGGAAAGGAAAAAGAAAAAACAUGGAACAUCCUUGAAACAAUGUUAAAGUCUGAUGGACAUAGGACGGAAAUCGCAAGUAUUGCUGACGAGGACGAAGUAUUGCAAGAAAUUUACUCCAACGAAAACCUUUUCAAAAUCAAUGAUGGCUAUCUAAUAUUUGCAACGAAUGACCCAAUGACAGGAAAUAAAGUAAAACUAAAAGACAAAGUGAUGUCCAAAUUUGUUGAAUCUUGUUUACGGUCUGAUGAAGAUCUUCAGAAAUACAUAAAAGAAUUGUCUGUAGAUACCUUGAUGGAUUAUUUCCGUUUGUGGAAUCACAAGACCGAUCAGCAGCCAUGCAUCUUUGUACCCGAACAUCUCACGGAUGAAUAUAUCCAACGUUUGGGAUUAGAUGCGAUUACCCAUGUGAUGGUGGAUCCUAAAGACGACAGUGACGGAUAUAUGGAGUAUGAAGACAUCAGGAACAGAGUAUCAAAAUUAAAUCGCGUUCCGAUUGAAAUUCUCUCCUGGAAUCUUGAAGAAAGAAAACGCUAUGUGGAGAACGCGAAGAAGGGUGUAAGUCCGGUGUACAGAGCGCGGGGAAUGAUUGUAGGCUGUGCUGGGGCCGGAAAAACAACGCUUCUAAAAAGAAUUCAGAAGAAAGAUAUAACAGAUGUAAAAUCGACAACUGGUUUAGAUGUGUAUACCGAUUUAUUUCGAGUUGACGAGAAUCAGAGGAAAUUAGAAGAAUUACCUCAAAGUAUUUCAAAUGACGACUUCGUACCCAGGCUAGCAGAAGAAACUGCACACUUGAAAACCUUGAGUAUGACUGAUUUUGCUGGACAAUGUGCUUACUAUGCUUGUCACCAAGUCUACUUGAGCAACAGAGCAUUUUACAUCCUUGUCGUUGACAUGUCAAAGAAUUUCAAGGACAAAGUUAGCUCAACAGAAAUUGAUCAAAAGCGGACACAUUUUGAAGAUUGGACAUACCAAGAUUACUUCGUGUUUUGGCUAAAAUCCAUCUCCACAUACUGCGAUGAAGAAGUGCCUGUCAUCCUUGUUGCAUCCCACUGCGAAAACAACACACAAGAUUGUCAGGGUGUGUUGAAAACUUUGCUGGAGUUGCUACCAAAUCAACUUGGUCUUCAUAGAUUCCUUAAAAAAUGUUUCCGAAUAGGCAUUAGCGGCGGACAACAUUUGUCUGCAAUACCAGAGAUUGAAAAGGCAAUUGUUGCAGAAAUAUUGAAUCAGAAACACUGGGGAGAAUGCAUAGCCAGCAGCUGGUUCAGAUUUGAGGAAUUUAUACGCACUGAAAAAGAAAACCAUAAAAUCCUCACUGUAGAUGAAAUCAAGAACCGCAUGCAACGUAUCACAGAAACUAAACCUGGUGUUCAGAAAGAAGAAGAAGACGAAGAAACAGAAGAAGAAGAAGAUGAGGAGGAGGAAAUACUAAGCAAUCUAAAGGAUAUGCUGAAAUUCUUUCAUGAAAUUGGCAAAAUUAUUUAUUUCAAUGAAGAUGGAUUAGAUGACAAAAUGAUUUUAGACGUCCAAUGGUUUGUAAAUGCGUUCAAAGAGGUCAUCACAGACAGUAAACAUGCACAGUUUACUACAAAGGCAGAAUGGACGGAGUUUAAUGAAACAGGGAUACUAAGGGAUGACGUCUUAUGUCAAAUAUGGAGAGACACGGAUACAAACGGCAAUUUCGAACGUUACAAAAAUGACAUACUUACGUUCAUGGAGAGAUUAGGAUUGCUUGUCAAUGGAAAGGGAAAAGCUCAUCUCGUUCCCAGUGUGACAAAAAGAGAUUACAAACAGCAAGAAAAGAGUAAGCUGGCCUCAACAACUCAGAAGACUUCUGUGUUGUAUUUCCACUUUGAUUUCUUGCCUUUGUUUGUCUACCAUCGAUUGAUUGUCUCCUGCUUUUCGUUCGAUGGCUGGGAGCCCUUAACAAAUGGAUACAAAUGUAUCUAUAAGAAUGUGUCUGAGUUUAAGUUUAAAAGUCACUUCAUUUUCCUUGGCGUGGACGAUGAUGAUAUCCGCCUGCAGGUGUACAGGCCUAACAGCGAUACAAAGCUCGACAUUAAUGUUGGAUGGGAAAUCAGAGAGACGAUAGAAAAAGAGUUACACAAACUUACCAAGACUUUCCACAAAAACAUCGCAUUUUCGCUAGGAUUCUACUGCAUGUCAAAAAAGGAUGGUGGUGGUUUCAUUUCGGAGGAGAAAAUGAAAAUUAUCACUGGGGGCAUUUGUCCUCACCACGAAACAAGAACUGGUCAUAACGUAAAGAAAGAUGAAUUCCUCUGGCUGAAAGAUAAGAAUGUGCAAAGCCUGCCCCAGAAGGUAAUCACCAAUUAAAAAUCAGAAAGGAAGGGGGAAGCAGUCUGGCCUCAACAACUCAGAAAAAUUAUAUGCUGUAUUUCCACUUUGUUUUCCUGACGUGUGUAAAAAAUAUAAUUUCAUUUUCAUUGUGAUUUUGUUGUAAAUCGAGUAUUUCAUUUCAAUGAUGUACAUGAUGUAGACAAGCUUCAUGUAACGUUGAAUUCCAUUCAAGAAUUACCAUGGAUAAGCCGAAGCAUGCUCUACUUCGAUGUAAGGUCGCUCAUCUCAGCUGCAUCAUUUCUUUUAAAUUAUUAUGAUAGAUUUUAGGAUAUCAAACAAUAGAAUUAUCUAUCAGUAUUUGGAAUUUAUUACCCAUGGAUCAGUUACGCAGAUGCUAAGGCUGAUGUCUUCAUUUUACACGGAUAUGUUGCAUAAAUGGAUACCGGUAUAUCAUUGAAAGUUUAUACCGAUUUGCAUAGGAAAAUAUUCUUUAGAGAAUUGUAUCUUUUAUUCCUGAACAUAGAACACAUUAACUUCAUUGUAACGAUUCCUGUAAAUGUGAGUUAGAUGUUAUAAUAUAUGUUUACAUGUUUAUGUUUGAUCUAUACACCCCGCUGUCGUGAGAUCUUAGUGGCUAGGGUGCUAGCAUCGCAACCGGGAGACCAAGGUCCAACGGUUUUUUUUUUAAAUCGGGGUGUUUAGCAUAAGUUUAAAUUGUGAUAUCGCCAAGUACUCGACACUAGAAGUGAAUGACGCUGGUGUUUCGGAUAUUACAUUAAAAACGAAGGUUCCAUGUCGCGAAAGGCCUUAAACAAUGGAGAACCCCCUUUGCUACAUCCGAUAGUGCAAUGCAUAACUCAGAAUGUUUGGUCCUUCACCUAGAAUUAGUGACCUUUUUACAAAUGUAAAAUAUAUCAAAUUGGACUUAAAGCAAUUAACAACAUCGUUGUAAUAAAGAAACAAAUGAAGUUAAUUUUUGAUGCAAAGAACUGUGAUGACCCCAUGAUGAAAUAUAUUGAAAUGCUUAUUUUCAACGACAAAAAAUAGAGAAAGAAAAUAAUUCAACUCAAACAUUGUCUUCGUCAAAAAGCGUUUUAAAGUGUGUUAUCUCCAGUUUGUUAUAUGUUUUCUACAAAAACACAGUGAUGAAAAAUGUAUAUUAUAUCCAGAAAACCUGAAGCAUUUGCUACAAAUUGUCUUACGGUCACACAUAAAUUCAAGAAUGGGCAAGUGUCACGGAGCCAUUUGCUUUUACAAGUUGAAAACGAGAAAUGCACUUUGAAGUCUUUUGAGAUUGACGUGUGUAUAUUGAGCAAAUGGAUUAUAACGAUAUAUGGAACAAGUGAAUAUAUUCAUAUCGUUUUUUUUUUGUUUCUAUGCUGUAAAGGUGCAAGUAUCCAAUCAUAAUAUGUUCAUUAUCUGUUGAUUAGUUGCAUUGAUAUUUCACAUUUAAAACUUUUGAAUGUUUUUAUGUUAUGAUUUGAACUAUUUCGAUUGCAUAUGAUUUGUUGUGACUAUGAUACCUACAUAUAUUAUUCUUCACAUUAUUUUGUAUCUACAUAUGUAAGUAUCAGUUUUGUAUCAAUAGAAAUAAUCCAGAAACAGUUGGUCUAGAUCAUAUGACAGUGUAAAUAUAUGGCAACAUGGUUUAUUAAUGUAUUCAUUUCUGCAUACCACGCCUAUCGUCUCCAUUCUACUUGUGGUAGGGUAGGCAAUGUGCUCCCGAACUCAGUAAGCGUGGCUAGUGAUGAUGUAAUACAUCUAGCUUAUUGUAUUAUAAUAAACCAAGCUUUUGACGCAUUCAUAUCUGCUGUACAGUAUCAUAUCAUUAUAUUAGAAUUUGAAGAGUAAAGUUAUCAUAUUUGUAAUUUGUAUGGGUGUGUUUGCACAAAAAAUGUAGGUUUAUAAUUUUUAUACUUUAAAUUUGAACUUGUAUUACUUAUAUUUUCGUGAUAUCAUUAUUCACAUGACGUAAACAGCUUAAUAGCUUAUCAGUCAUUGUUUCUAUUUCAAGAGAAGAAAAAAAACCGAUAACUCAUUUUAUCGAUUUAUGGAAUUAUUGUGUUGUCAUAACAACCGUAACGUGGUUUAAACUACAUAAUUCAAAUUUUGCUCCAUUACUUCAAUGAUAAAUUUGUAUCUAUUUUCAUGUGAAGAAAAAGAAUAGGGAAGCAAUAUAUCUUAGCAAUUCACGGGCUCGUUUAGUUUUCUUGGUUGCUGUAAAAAGUCGCCACACUGCAUAAUUAAAGACUUAAUAUCUGUUUGAACAUUUAAUAGGUUACUUUACGAAAAUGUGCGUUGAGACUGUUUAAAAUUGUCAAAUUAUUUCAUCUGCAGUUUUGAAAGAUUUUUGAUUAUAACUAGUGAUAGUCAAGUGUGACUUAUGCACAUCUUGUACUUCAAUAUCUAUGAAUGCACAUAGAUAAAACUCCGUUUCAUAAAUGUGCAUAUUAUGCAUGUAUGUCAAAUGACCCUAAGUUUUAUUUAGAUGAUGUCUGAUAAACAUUGAAUUGGUGUGUUUUAUGUGAAGAAAAUUAUGAAAAAGAUUGUGUGAUUCGUUGGAUGACGUCAUUGUCAUAGCAACAACAUGUGUUACACCACAUUUCAAUGCAUACUUAAAAACUCCAAGAUAGUUUUCCUUUCGGGAUAUUAUAGGUUACAUUAAACCGAUAUGAUUUAGACAAUUCCUAAUUUCAAUACGAAAUGUGAAGGAAAACUCGAAAAUCCCUGGUAGUUUAAGAGCUAAAGGGUGUAUUCAUGUAGUGCAACUUUGGAACAAUUGACUCGUUUUUUUUUUUUUUUUUUUUUUGUUUUUUUUUGUAAAUUGAUGUGUCAUCUUCACAUAAACCAACUUCCGUAGGUGAGUAGCGUCACGGUUAAUCCAAAAAUUGGUUAAACGCGGGAAAAAAUUGGUUCGGUUCGUAUUUUCCGGAUUUCGGUUUUGUUUUGUUUACAUCUUACAUUGUCCCAUUUUGUUUAAUACAUGCGCUAUGAUUGGUUCGAUAUUUUUAUCAUAGACAUUCUAAGCAAUGAAAGUCCAAGUAACAUCGAUAAUAGUAAAAUAACCAUGAUGACAUGUGUAAACUAAGGAAAUGGCAAAUAUGGGAAUACUUUGAUUUUCUGCGAAUACUUUAACUUUCUAAGAAAAGAGGCAACAGAAGGUUUUAACAAAACACUCACAGUGUGCAAAAUACUCAAGCGCGAGUUUAAGUAUACAAUAGGAUCGUUGUAGCUCAGUGGUAGAACGUUCGCUUUGAGACAGGGGGGUCGAGCGUUCGUGCCAAACUCAAACUUGAGAUAAGGAUAUAUGUUGAUUGCUCCUUCGCCAAACGCUCGACAUUUAGAAAUGAGAGUCACGAAUCUUUCGGAUAUGACCUAAAGACGGAGGUUUCGUGUCGUGGCAACCGUUGACAGAUAAAGAAAUCGCACUACCAAGUCCGUAAGCACCAUGAAUAUGUCUUAAUUUGCAGAACUACACCAACAUUUAAUUUGCAGAGCUACACCUACAUCUUAUAAUCAAUUAAAAUAAUGCCUGUUAUUUUGUAAAUAAUGUCGUCUGUAAAUAAAUAUUUUUUUUAUUAUUUUGUUCAAUUAAAUGCAUUGUAAAUUGCCGUCUGCAUUUGUACAGAAAAACAUUUACUUCAGGGUCCUCGCUAUUCCUGGAUUCAUGAAGUUAUUUUAUUGCAUCACACGAAAUAAAACAAAACCCAAAACCGAUGUUUUAUUUUCUGAACCGAACCGAACCGAAAGAUGUCGGAACCCUGGCAGUCCUAUAGGAAGCGAUGUGGUUCAUUUGUAGCCUCUCUUUUUCUUUUUAAAUUCAUAGAUUGUAUGUUUUACAAUUAGCAUUCUUCUAUGAAUUACGAAAUGCUACCAUCCGAUAAAUGAUAAGGUACGUCUCUAGGCUGAUUUAAUUGUUCGUUAUCUUCACGUUUUCAUGUUUAGAGUUCUAAUUACUGUAUUUUAGCCUUGUACAUAUACACACAAGCAUUCGCGUUACAUGUGGCGGUUGGUAUCAUAUAUUGUCUUGCUAUUUAGAAAAUAAUUAUUGUACGUGUGCAUCUUUUUUAUGAACACAAUUUGUUAUUGGUCCAUAUACCUGUACGUGUAUUUGAUUCUUUGUCAUAUGAUGGUAUUCACUCGGUUGCUGCAUUAGUUUUGUGAAACUUAAUCUAUCUAUUGAUUACUCCAAGUUCAUUUUUACCGUGAAAUGAAAACCAAAUUCAGAUUUUGGGUAAGAGAGAAAUGGAUAUUCAGUAUAAGAAAAUUAAGGGGGCUGAAAGGGGAGACAAAGCUGAUGCAGAGAUCACUAUAACAGUAUGUUAAAUAUGUGGACAUCUUCAUUAUCAUAAAAACAUAGUUUUUUGCUUUUUGAUUUAUUAUCGCUUAAUAAAAAUACCAUAAAAA